AUGACAAUCCCAAGAGAUAUAACACCGGUAUCCAACAUGAUAGUGCCCAGUAGCCCUUCGCCGAGUGCUUUCUUUAAUGCUGGGACAAGUCCCUCUUUUGAAACCAGCUAUUUCCCAGCUGUUCCUAAGAAGCAGCCCAAACCUUUCAAUACCGGCGACAUCAAGAUACUUUUGUUAGAAGACAUCAAUCGUACUGCAUGUGAGUUACUGCAAAAGGAAGGAUAUCAGGUGGAAUUUCACACCUCUUCUCUCCGGGAUGUCGAGUUGAUUGAGAAGAUUCGAGAUGUCCACGUUAUUGGGAUCCGCUCGAAAACCAAACUUACUGCUUCAGUGCUUGAUCAUGCCAAGAACCUUUUGGCAAUUGGGUGCUUCUGCAUUGGGACAGACCAAGUCGAUCUAGAAUACGCAGCAAAACGCGGCAUUGCUGUUUUCAAUAGCCCUUUCAGCAAUUCUCGUUCGGUUGCUGAAUUGGUAAUUGCCGAAGUUAUCAUGCUUGCUCGUAGAAUUGGCGAUAAAUCUAUGGAAAUGCACCUUGGCACCUGGCAGAAGGCUUCCACUCGUUGUCGAGAGAUUCGUGGAAAGGUUUUAGGCAUCAUCGGUCAUGGCCAUAUCGCAUCCCAGUUGUCUGUUUUAGCUGAGUCGAUGGGGAUGAGCGUCCUCUUCUGUGAUGCCGCUCCUUUGGUAGCAAUUGGCAAAGCAAGACAAGUUAAAAAUUUAACUGAACUACUGGCCUCAUCAGAUUUUGUUAGCCUCCAUGUUCCUGAAACAUCGCAGACCCACAGUCUUAUUGGCCGCGCGGAGCUAAGGGCGAUGAAGAAAGGGAGUUAUCUUAUCAACGCUUCUCGUGGAUGUGUAGUUAAUCUCCAGGCUUUAUGUGAAGCCAUGCGUUCCGGUCACUUAGCUGGUGCAGCUCUCGACGUAUUCCCCUGCGAACCCCCUGCUGAUGGUCCCCACUUCAAUGAGGACCUUGCUCGUUGGGUGACAGAGAUUAGAGGCCUUCCCAACGUUAUUCUUACACCUCAUAUUGGUGGGUCGACAGAAGAAGCUCAGGAAGCUAUCGGCGCUGAGGUUGGUGGAGCAUUACUCAGAUAUAUAAAUUCCGGCUGCACCACUGGAGCCGCCAAUAUGCCUGAAGUGACUCUCAGGAGCCUAAACGUGGCUGAAGUGAGCCAUCUCCGUGUCAUAUUCAUCCACCAGAACCGCCCUGGUGUGUUGAGACAAGUCAACAAUAUUCUCGGGGAUUAUAACGUAGAGAAGCAAAUCUCUGAUAGUCGUGGUGAUAUCGCGUAUAUGAUGGCCGACAUUAGCAAGGUCGAUUCCGCAGAGGUGAAAGCAUUGUACACUAAGCUGGAAGUCCUAAGUUGUGAGAUUCCGAAUUUCUUAACGCCGUUUAGACUAUCCUCGGGCUCAACGCACUAA